UACUUCCUCAACCUGGCCUCUUUUCCUUCAUCCUGGGCUGGGCAGGCCUGAACCUCAGGGGACCUCUGGCUUCAUAGUAUGAUAGUGAAAAACCUGGAUCUGAGACUUGGAGUAGCAAAAGAAGGCAGCAUACAAGGUAGAGAGCCCAAGGUGCACCCACCACGAUGCAGCAGUCCAGAAUGGAGACGGAUGACAGCGGGGCUGGAGAGGGGCCUCAGCGGGCGGUCCCCUGGUCAGCCUGGCUCACCCGGCAGGCCUGGAUGCGCUGGUGUGCUCGUCGUGUGCCCCAGAGCUGGGCCCAGUGGUGGGCCACAACUAGCUGGAGGCAGCCACUGCAGCGGGUGCUAUGGAGCCUGGAGGGGGUCCUCUACCUGCUGCUGGCCCUCAUGCUGUGCCAUGCACUCUUCACCACUGGCUCCCACCUGCUGAGCUCCCUGUGGCCCGUGGUGGCUGCAGCGUGGCACCAUCUGCUGCCAGCUGUCCUGCUGCUGGUGCUCAGCGCCCUGCCCGCCCUGCUCUUCACUGCUUCCUUCCUGCUGCUCUUCUCCACGCUGCUGAGCCUAGUGGGCCUCCUGACCUCCAUGAACCACCCAGACUAUGCUCGGGACUUGAAUGAAUAGAAGCAACCGCAUCCUGCUGCCUGUUGUCUGUUGAGCCCUGGACCAAGGCCUGA